UCCGCCGAGAGUCAGUGAGAACAGAAACAGAAGAACUUCAGGAACCUUCAACUGAUUUGUUGAGAUGUUCUGGCUUGUGACUUCCUGUCUGUUGUCCCUCCUCUUCCCUUUGGUGUCCUCCAUCAUGGCUGCCGCCCAACCCGCCGGCUGCAAAAUACGCAUAACUGACAAAGGACUGGAGAUGUUGAAGUCUGAGACUGAGAAGUUUGUUGAAGAGGAGAUCAGUAACAUCAGUAUGCCAGAGAUGAAGGGCAAAGAAGGACGCUUCCAAUACACCAUCACUGAUGUGAAGAUAAACAACUUAAAUCUGACUCAUGCUGACCUGCAGUUCAUUCCUGAAGUUGGUUUGUUGUUUGACGUGCAAAACUCAUCAAUCUCUCUGAGUUUCCACCGAAGGAUCCUCUACUGGUUCUUUUAUGACACAGGAAAUAUCAACGCAUCGGCUGAAGGCGUGAACAUCAACACGGUACUAAAUCUGAUCAGAGACAAUGAAGGACGACUGAAGAUCAAUAACAUCACAUGUGAAGCCAAAAUCUCCAAAAUGAGGGCAAAGUUCAGCGGAACGCUAGGGAAAGUAUACGACUUCAUGUCAAGCUUUCUGACAUCAGGCAUGAGAUUUCUCCUCAACCAACAGAUCUGUCCCGCCCUGAAUCAUGCUGCUCUGGUUCAUGUGAACUCGCUGCUGGAGACGAUCCCUGUGAGGACGGAGGUGGAUGAUUUUAUUGGGAUCGAUUAUUCUCUGAUCGAUGAUCCGGUGGUGACAUCCCGGAGCCUCGACAUGCACUUCAGGGGGAUGUUCUUCGACCGGUCUGAUCCAAACAACACAUUGGUGAACUACGCCGUCGACCCAGUCAUCAGAGAGUAUGACAGGAUGGUUUAUCUCGCUCUGUCAGAGUUCUUCUUCGACAGCGGGAUGUUUUCGUACUACAAAGCAGGAAUCUUCCAAAUGCACAUCAACGAGAAGAUGUCCAAAGACAUGGAAAUGUUGUUGAGAACCACCUACUUUGGAGCCAUCAUGAUGCUGAACCCGGCUCUGGUGGACGCUCCGCUCUCUCUGCAGUUUGCCGUAAAUUCACCUCCAAAAACGACCAUAAAGACAACCGGGGCGACGGUUUUCAUGACAGCCAUCGUCAAGGUGAUGUUGCUGCCUCCAGGGCAGCCUCCAGUCCAGCUCAGCAGCAUGACCAUGGAAACAAAGUUUAACGCUAAAGUUUCUAUGAAGGGAAAACGUCUGGCUAUCCAUGCUGACCUCCGCAGGUUUAAAAUCUUCUCCAAUUUAUCAGCAUUGGAAUCUCUGGCAUUGAUUCCUCUGCAGGCUCCUUUAAAGACGAUGUUGCAGAUGUCUGUGGUUCCUUUAAUCAACAACUGGACAAAGAGAGGAGUUCGGAUCCCUCUGGCUGAUGGGAUUGAUUUCAUUGAAGAGGUAGUUGAAUAUCACAACGGUUUCAUUGUGAUCGGAGCAAAUCUUCACUUCAGCAAAGGACUGAGAGAAAUGAUCGCAGGGAGCAAUCAGAAAGACCAAGACAUUGUUUAAAUAUAUAUAUAUAUAUAUAUAUAUAUAUAUAAAUAAAAGUGCUGUUGCAAUAUAGUCUACCAUUUUUGACAAUAACCGUGAUAUUUAAAACAUGAAAUAUUGAUAUAAUGUUAAUAAUACACAUAUGAGGGGCGCCCUGGUAGCUCACCCAGUAGCGCCGGCAACCCAUAUACAAAGGCUCAGUCCUUGUCACAGCGGCCCAUGCGUGGUUCAAGUCCCACCCGUGGCCAUUUGCUGUAUGUCUACCCCUUCUCCCCCCCUUUCAUAAACUCUCAUCUUUACUAUCAUUAAAGGCAUGAAAAGCCAGAAAAAAUUACUUUAAAAAACAUUAAUUAUAAUAAUACACAUGAUAAUAUUGUGUAAAUAAGGACCUUUCCUUAUUUCCUUUUCUACAGUCAUGGUCACAGAUUCUUUCCAUCGCCCUACACUCGUAUUUUGAGUGUAAUUCAUUUGCCUAGAAAAAACAAAACCCACAAUAAACAAAGUUAAUUUGACUGACAGCAUUCUUAUUAUUUUCUUGCCAUGUUUACAGCACGAGUGUGUCCAUGACCACGGCGUGUUACAGCACGAGUGUGACCAUGACAACACUGUGUUACAGGUGUCCAUGACAACACCAUGUUACAGCACGAGUGAGAGCAGUACAAUGAUGUUAAUGUUAAACUGAGUUUACAGUGUAAAGUCCCCACACAGUCUGAACUUCAUGGACAAAUAACAUUUACAUCAAUGACAAACUGCUUACUCAUAAAACAGAGCUGAAUGUUUUACAUAUUUUAAAUUCUUGUUUACAUCCAUGUUUACUUGUUAACCGUCUUCUUCUGCUCUGCCUUUUCUUGUGCGUUGUUUCUGAUUCAGAUCCUUUAAUGCAGUAAAAGUAUUAAUAACAUACUGUGGAAAUACUCCUACUGAAGUAAAACUAUGUAUUUUCAGUAAAAUGCAGUAAAAGUAUUGAUUGUGCUCUAAAAUGUCUCCUGUCAGUGUUUUAAUAUUAUAUAUGUUGUUUUUGCAUUAAUGUGUUUGUUGCAUUUUUACUGCUGUAGAUGUUUUUACCUGCUUUAUAUACUGUUGGGUAGUUAAAUCUACAGCAUGCAUCAUAUCACAACAUCAUCGUAUGUUUGUACCUUUGUUGCUUUGAGAAACUCAUAUCUCUAAAAAAAUUUCAACCAAUCAAUGUAAGUGAUGUUAUCAUCCCAUUAAAUGGCCGUUAUCAGCCUCAUAGUGAAA